GGGCCGUUUCAUCUCCUCUGAAUUAUGUAGGUGAGAAGAAGCAAAGUUCAAGACUACGUUUUGGGGAGACUUUCCUCUGUGUCGCACCUCUGCGCCUCUUGUUACGGAGCAACUACUACGCCUCCCCAAGAAUGGCAUUGAUGUUGGCCCGACCAACUACCAAUCGUCGGACCGAGUCGACACGCAUUCGCUAUUUCAUUCAUAAUCCCCUCUCCGCACGCCUCAUUUGGUGUUCACGUUCACGCUCUCUCACCUGGCAAACAAGUUAUAAUCAGUUGACGAGGUAAAAGGUGAUUUUUCGAGGUGGCCCCAGCUCAUUCUCAAGUAGUCCUGGUAGACACCACUAUCUAUUGCUCGAGAAAUUAUUGGUUCUGUUUGCCAAGAGACCUAUACCAAUUAACAACACACCAAAUAGUUGUUGGAAUAUUUUUAUACACAGGUCGAGGCGUCAUUACUCCAUAGAAGUUUAUUAGACGCUUGGAACAUUAACGUCUUCUUGAUGGAGUUGAGAUCUUAAUCAAGUAUAAGGGAGAAAACGCGGUAGACGUGAUGGCGCAUAAUUAUGAGAAGGUUGUUGCUCUCAUCUCAAAGGAUCCUCAUGAAAGGGAUGAUAGAGAGGUUGAUCUCCUUAUUCCAUGGUUUCAAAACAUGAGUGGACUCUUCAAAGCACAGAAAACAGAUGUAGUAAAAGAUAUUGUGAGAAAUUGCGACUUUUUACCAGUGACCACAGAUACAGUCAUCAUCGAGCAAGGCGGAAAAGGUGAUUGCUUUUACAUCAUCCUGUCAGGCUCUGUGUCAGUGUACAUCAACCAAGCACUGGAGGACCAAGACAAUGUGGCUAAAUCUCCACCAUCCCGAGACAGGACAAGGAAAUCUAGACCAAAUACAAGAUUAAGUACCAGACCGAGUUCUCGAGUAAGAUCACCAGAAAAGACAACUCAGUCUCAAGAACAUUCUUCAAAUUCAAAUAGAGUGUCAGCCAAAGAUGACCAUUCAUCACUGAGUGCAAAGGAGGCUGGGGGAUCCGAUGAGAAUACCAGAAAGAGUCAAGCCGAACACAAUGAAAAUCAGGCAGACGGGAGCGAUCAAAUUUCUAGCAACAAAAUUGGCGGGAAAACAGACACGGGAACGACGAAUCAAAUUGAAAUCAUCAUUGAUGAUGUAAGCCAAGCAGAUAGUGGGUUGUCGUCGGAGGGAAUGCUCUUGGAUGAAAAUGAUAAUGACAUCUAUAAUAAAGGAAAUGAAAGCAAUGGUGAAGUGGAAGAUGAUGAUGAUGAUGAUGACUAUGAUGACGACUUUGAUAGCGACUUUGAUUAUUCUUCUGAUGAUGACACCAAUGGUAUUUUGAAACCAAAUACAACCAAAUUAGAAAGAUCGCUCUUUGGAGUGCACAUCCGUGAAUUGGAGGCUGGGAAGUGCUUUGGAGAACUGGCCCUUGUCCAAAACAACCCUAUCCGGACUGCGUCUAUCAUAGCUAACCAACAGACAAACCUCAUUGUCAUCAACAGAGAACUCUACAACAGGUGCCUUAAAGCAGCUCAGCAACAUGAGUUCAACCUCAAGAAGAACUUCGUCAACACCUUCCCACUUUUCAGGAACUGGACACCAAGGCAGCGUAGUGUAAUGACAAUGAGCUUGACCAGAUACCAAUACCAGUAUGGCAACACUAUGGCUAGGCAAGGCUCUCCUGUAAAAGGACUUCAUUUCAUCACUCAGGGAAGUGCCAAGGUUUCAACUGACACUGUACAACACAUAACACAGUAUCCAAACUUCUGCACUGAGACAGAUGUCCAGUUUGCAAAAGAUGUAAAAACUGGGAGAGGAACACGGACAACCCAUCCUGGAUCUAGUUCUUGGGAGUCUGGUAGCACUCGGCGAGGAGUCCAACACUGCGUCAGACGCAAGGAGACUUAUGCUGAGGCAGAAAAGGAUAUGAAUUACAAGAACACUGAUAUGUGUGUCAUCGGGGCUGGGGAUUACAUAGGUGACUUUGAGGUUUUGUUGAGGCUACCUACUUACAGCUUCUCUGUGAAGUGUCUUCAGGGUGUGGACACCUUUGAGUUGGACCUCAAUAACUUUGAGCGACAGAUUGUCAAGAAAAGUCCAACUACAUAUGCGUUACUCAAAGAAACAGCUGAAACCAAGCUGCGAGCAAGGGUCAAGCGACUUGUCAGGGACCAACAGAUCUAUAUGCCAGUCUUGGAGGCCAUGCUGAAUCGGCUGCAGAUGCUUAACAAGCCCAACGGCUGGAAGAGCAAAAUCAAAUCAAAACUUGAUGUUGCAUCUACGUCAUCAAUUGGUAGUAUCACAAUUGGUGGUGGAAAUGAAAUCAUUGGGGAAUACCGUGAAAAACAGCGGCAAUUCUUGCGACGCAGACAGCGAGAGAAGCGCCUGGAGGAGAAGCGGAACAUUCAGAUGGCACAUGCUGCUAGUCUUGGGCUUCAGCUGCAGAUGCAGAACAUGACCAAUAUGGUUAAUUAUGAUGGUAUUCCUGAUAUUGAGAUGUCUACAAUUGAGCGCAAGGCAUCAGAUAUCUUCCCAGAUGUCCCUUCAAAUGUUAAACUCAGGGUGGAUCCCAUCACUGGACUAAUUCGCGCAACUGAAAUUCGCGUUCCCCGGAACAUGGUUUAUCAGAGCAAAGGGAGCCAAUCGGGUGUCAUGAACACCAACGGGCAAGUUGUGGUUCCACGGUCCAAACGACAACUCCUCAAUGCAUUAGAAAACAAAGACAAAGCAAAUUUAGAUGUUACAAGAGAUGAAAGCAAGAAUGGAUCGUUGAAGGAUCGACGGAUUAGAAGUCAAACAUUUAGUCCAGGGGUUAACCAGUCUGUACACCUAAAAACAACAUCCUCAUCACUCACCAGUUUGAAUGGACCGUCAAAGUCAUCUGGGAGACCUUCCUCUGGCAAAAGCUCUAACUCACAGCAAGGAAUUUCCCAUGCCCGUCGUCCCAAGUCUAGAUCAGCAGGAUCACAAAGGACACACUCAUCUUCCUUUUGAGAAAGAAGAGGUGGUCCUAUUUAGAUGAUCACAUCACUUCGUGGUACAAAUUUCCCUCAGUAUUCACUCUUGAUCCUGUAUGUGAGGCCUUGGUAUUGAAUCAAUAGAGACUGAGUAGGUUCUCUAAUGCUUGUGCAGGUGGUCAUCUGCCUAAGUAUUAUAUUCAUUAGUGAAAAAAUAUAUCUCAGCAUGUAUAUAUUCAGCUUGCCAAAAAUGAUAAUUAACACUGAAAUACAUUCUGAAAUACUAAUAAUUAUUAUAAAUAUAGAUAAAAGCAUGCUCAAUCAUGAAAGGAAGACAAUAAGACAAGGGCUAUAGAACUGCUUCUGUCAAAAUAAAACCAAAAAUUAAUGAAAACUAUUUUCUUGCCUGUAACAUAGUCACAAAUCACUCUUCCAAGAUAUCCCAUUAGUUGUUCACGAUCUACUAAUUGUACGUUAAAAAUACACGUUUUUGACAAUUGAAAAAAAUGUGUUUUUUCUACAAAUUAACAAUUUUGGAAUAAUAGCUUGAUUGGUUUUCUAUAAGGGAUCACUUAACACAAUUUUUCUAAAGGGCAAAAUAGAUAGUUCACUUCCACUGCACAUGAUCCUGCAAAUUGGGAGUGCGUGCCUGCUCUAAUAAUAUUGCUCCAAGGCAUCAUAUGAUAAACCUCAUUGAUAAAAUAUUUUUCUUAUAAACAUACACGCGUCUCCUCUUUAUGAAAUACCCUGCACAUGCGCCCCUUGGAAAUCCUGACACUUUAAUGCCUAAUGAUAAAUAUAUUGAAAAUCUAUUUGCCUUCUAAGCAGCUCAGGAGAGCAUACUCAGGAAUUUAUAUUGAUCAAAUGCUUCUCAUUUGAGACACAUGAUAUUAAAUUUGUAAAUAUGUAUCUAAACAUGGAAGGGCACAACAGUCUACACGGACUUUGAAAAUUAUUGUACUGUCUUUUCAGAACAUGUGAAUAUUGAAAUAUGAUCCUCUUAUAAUAAAAUAUAAUAACAAUACCAACAUGCGUAUAUCACUGCCAAAUGCAUCCCUGUGCGCUCAAUUGGAUACUAUUACCCUGGCUUUUAGCCCUGCAGCAUUUUACAGUGCAGUGGCAUUUCAAGGCAUAAAUUCCUGCCAGGUACCCAUUUACCUUACCUGGGUCAUGUGCGGCACAAUUUGGAUAAAUUUCUUGCCGAAGAAAAUUACGCCAUGGCUAGGAUUCGAACCCAUGACUUCUGUUUCAGUGUCAGAAGACUAACCCACUGGGCCACAACGCUCCUCAUAUAUAAUUGCUCUUGCCGCAUCAAUAAGUCAAUCAUUAUUACAAUUGAUCGAUCAACAUCAAUAAAUCCAUCCAUCCACCCAUUCAGUCAAUCCAUCCAUCUA